GGUCUGGAAACUAAAUAAAAUAAAUUUCAAAGAUAUCUUGUUUUUAACUUUAUAAAUUAUAUCGUAGACCUUCCAUCAAUUGUCGAAGUGUUGAGUAGUUUAAUAUUUAUUAGUUUGUAUAUCUGUACUUAUCGGGUGUUCAUUUCGUCACUAUACAACUUGCUACAUAAAGUCGUCAACAAAGCCACCUAAAAACCAGUUUUACGACUUUAAUAAUAGUAAAAUUAUAUAAUAAUUUGUUGUUUGGGUCUCUUUCCCCAAAAUGAUGUUUAUUAUAAAUUGGAUUAAGAAAACACUCCAGUCGCUCGGUUUGUUAAAUAAAGAUGCCCGUAUUGUGUUUCUCGGUCUUGACAACGCAGGAAAGACUACUUUGCUCCGUAUGCUAAAGGACAAUAGGGUUGGAAUCCACACUCCAACACUCCACCCUCACUCUGAGCAACUCAGCUUAGAGAAAGUUAACAUUACAGCAUUUGACUUAGGAGGUCACGAGACUGCUAGGAGAGUAUGGAAGCAGUACUGUGGUAAUGUUGACGGGAUCGUCUUUAUAGUCGACGCUAGUGAUAGGUCGCGCUUUCAGGAAACCAAUGAAGAGCUGAGGUCUCUUCUUGCAGACGAAGAACUUUUAAACAAGCCUUUUGUGGUUCUUGGAAACAAAAUUGAUAAUCGCGGAGCUGCCUCAGAAGAGGAGCUGAGAACGGCUCUGAGUCUCUACGCAAAUGAUACUUAUGGGAAAUGUGUUAAAUCAGGCAGAGGAAGGCCUGUAGAACUUUUUAUGUGCAGUAUUAUUAAAAAGCAGGGUUACGCGGAAGCCUUAAAGUGGCUAUCUCAUUUUCUUCACGACGCCAAAUAA